AUGUCCAAUGGCGUGCCAUCAAGAACACUGACGACUGUACCACAACGUCGCCAAAAUAGCAGCUGUGAUCCCUGUCGGCGAUCAAAACGCCGAUGUACAUUUCCACUUGUCACAUUAGACAUUUCAAGUCCGGCUUGCGCGCACUGCCAGCGCUUAGGACAUCAAUGCACUUUCAAUUUUGCCACAUCUCGCCUGGACUUAAAAUCACGCCGAAAGCAGCGAAAACAAGACAACACCACUUCAAAUACAUUCCAGGAUGAAGCAAACUGUUUUGAAGUCUCGGAUGAAACAACUGACUCAACCCACUUGAACUGCGAAAACGUGUUCGACGAAUGGCUCAAUAUCGAUAAUUCGUCAUCUUCCAGUAACAAUGGCUCGUCUUCGAAUCUGAAUUAUCCGACUGAUGAUUAUAUUUCUGGUCCCAGAUCUCCAACGGCAGAUAGGGAUCAGAACCUCCUGCAGGUCGCCUUAGCUCCAAGGCAUUUGCGCAAUCAGAACCAUAGCCUGCCCUUGAGUGUGGGCUCUUUGCUCGGGGUCUCAAGACGCAGCCCGAUACAUCUGUUGAAUUCCAAGCUCGAUGAAACAAUCUUAGACACGCGCUUGGCGCGAAUUUUUGAAACUAUCAUUAGUGGCUGUGCUUUGAGGUAUCUGGACUACGAUUGCAAUUUGUACGCAACGCAACGUCGGUAUCGCUUAGAAAGCAGCACCAUCUCUACAAGUCCAGCAUCGCCAGAAACAGAUUGUAUGAUGGAUGAAAGCUAUGCCGACUCUACGCUUUUAGAAUCACAGAUUCUUUCACCGCAUGGGUCAAAUCAGCCCUCUGCGCAUCUGCAUGCCAGUGACCAACGGAUGAAUGUCACGCCUGCCAGGGAAGGAGCUUGCAAUAUGACCAUAGUCGGUUGUGCACGGUUUCUAGAUCACUUAGCAGGUCUCUACGGCAAUAGAUUAAAUCCUGCUGCCCAAAGACAGUCUAACGAAACUUUGAACGCCACCCUUCGACUCUUUGCACUACAAUGGAUGCCUUCAGCCCAAUCUUCGUCUGAUUCUCAGCUCCCGUCAAAUCGACAUUCAUCCUUGGAAGCAUACACAGAUACAUGGUUCAGGGUCAGAUCUCGAGUAUUGGCGAGUCAGAACAUCCAAUCUUUUCGGGUUGUCCUUGCAAUCUUUAUGUUUGACGGCACGGCAAUUCCUAGCAAGGCCCGGGACAGUUUAGGGACCGAGACCGAUCAUGAAUUCCUCGACGUCGGAUUACGAACCCUUUGCCUUUUGAACCAGCUUGUCGUGCAGUACUGUACCACGUUAGGUCCUUUCUCUCAGUAUUCUGCACUCGCCGAGGCUAGCCUAAGCCUUGUUCGUUGGUGCGGAUAUAUGCGAGAUUUGGGCGCAGCACUCACGGCGAAUCAUGAGUGUAAACUUCCAGCGCUUUUCGCGCGUGGGAACGGUUAG